GCCGAGCAGCUCGCUAGAGACCGCCGGGUCCCAGAGCCGCCGGAGCCGCCUCAUCCAGCGGCUGCUUUCAUUGUUUCACCGUGAACGGAGGCGGUGGAGCGGUCCCGCCGUGUGAAUGUGAGGAAUAUUACCGGAACCGGAGACUGGACCGAGUUUAUCUGUCAGGAUUUAACCACCGAGAGGGGAUCUGUACUUCUGGGGGCUUCGAUGUGAUUUUUGUAAGGAGAGUAAACGGCUUUAAAAUGGCAGCAGCAGCAGCAGCAGCAGCAGCCCGCUCCCGGCGACCAUAGCCCGAGAAUCAGCUGAUCCUCUGCAGCUCCAUGCGUCCUCUUUGGGUCUCCUCGCCAUCCAGCUGAGCUCGUCCCUCCCUCCCGCUCCGUCUGUGCGGUGAAGCCAUCAUGUCGGCGGCUCAGACCCAGAAGGAGAACAGCGAGGCGGGCUGGGGCUGUCUGGAGGCUCUGGGUCUCAGUCAGAAGGAGCUGGUCCUGGCCGAGGCCCUGCAGAUGGAGUACGACGCCCUCUCCAGACUCAAACAGGACAAGAGCGGCUCUGGGAGCAGCCAGAGCCCGGGGUCUAGAAGUCACAGCCAGACCCGCUCCAAGACCCCCAAUCCCACCAUCGAACGCCCCCGACCCAUCCCAAGCCAGCCCAUUCCGGCCUCCAUAGAAGGAGGACUGCUGAGGGGCCUCUCUGGGUCAGACUCGUCCCUGAACCAGCCUGGAGGGUCCCAGUCUCCGCCCUCCAUCCCAGCCCGGGCACUCCCUCCUCUGGCCGGCUUCAUCAAAGACUCCCUGUACAUCCUGGACAGUCCAGACAACACCAAGUUCAGGGACUGCUCAGGGUCCAGCCUGGGGGACUCAUCAGGGUCAGGGUUUCUCUCUAAAGGCUUCCCCUCUCUUCCUGAUGACAUCCCCCCUGCCAUCCCCCCCAGAAACCCCAUCCCCCAACCAUCAGGGUCAGAGAACCCCUUCCUGCCCGCCCGAGGGUCAACCACGCCGCGGGACGUGAACCUGUUCACGCCGGACGUGGAUCAGCCAAAAGUGACCUCAGGAGAGCUCAACUAUGACAUCAUCAACGACUCGCUGUCCAGACUCAACGGGAGCCGGCAGGGACCCCGAGGUCGGAGGGUCAACGGGGACCAACCAGGGAAACCAGUGGCUCGCAGUAAGACCCUCCCCCCUCAGGUCCCACCGAGGACUUACAUCCCCGUUCCCAAGAGCAACAAGAACCAGCGGCGAGUUUCUGCAGACCCGGUGUCUCUGGGCUCCAGGAUGAAUGGGUUUGGAUACGAGCUGUUUCAGGUGUCUGAGGAGAGAGACGAGGAGGUGGCGGCGUUCUGUCACAUGCUGGACAUGUGUUCUUCCACGGUCGACCUGCUCAUCUAUCAGACUCUGUGCUACGCUCAGGACGACCUCGAUCACAUGGACGUGGACGACUACCUGCUGAAAGUCUGUGGACAGGACGAGUUCCUCAACAACUCUCAGACUCUGGCCGGGCUGGAGUUUGUUCAGCAGUGUCUGAAGUUCGACUGGGACGUUCGACUGUUUCUGACCAGGAGAUCAGCCAUCGACACAGAGCUGGCCCGCACGAAAGAAGAUGAUGACACGCUGUCCACCAUGAACCACAGCAUCCUGCUGCAGGAGCGGCCAAUCAAACAGACCGUCACCAGGGAGGCUCUGACUCUGCUGCUCGAUACUUUUCAUAAUGAAGCCGAGUCCUUCCUACUGUCAGAGGUUGAGCUCCCGCUGCAUGUGGAGCGUCUCGUCCAGUCAGUGAAGGCGCUCUGUAGCUCAUUAGCAGCCGUGGAAACACCAGAUGUGACCGCUGCCCUCAGUCAGCUCCCAGCAUGCCCCUGUCGCCUACAGCCCAAAGUCCUCAAGGAUGCUUCAGUGCUGGCAAUCAGAGAGAACAGAGACAACGUGGUGGAGAAGUUGACAGCGGCCAUCUUGGAUCUGGUGGAGUUGUACUGCAGCACGUUCAACGCCAACUUCCACACGACACCUCAGAGUCAGAGCUGCACGGCGCCCAUUCAGGAGGCCGGCCUCGUCACCAACGUGCUCUCCUUCAAUGUGUACGCCGCUCAUCGCAUCCCCAUCACCUGGGCCGCCAGUUACGAGGGUUUCUUCCUUUCAUGCUCUCUGACUCAUGGAGGGGCGGAGCUCUGUGCCCCGCAGCACACCAGCAAACAGUCGGUCAGCAAGUACCUGUUCCACCUGGUGACGUGGGACCAGAGGGUUUGUUUCCCUGUUCAGAUCAACCAGCUGCCCAGAGAGUCCCAGCUGACCGUCACGCUAUACGCCAGCUCUCUACCGCCACCUGGAGGAGCUGAGGAGAAGGGGAAGCAGCGACGGAGCAUCGAGGCUCUUGGCUGGGUCACCAUGCCGCUCUUCAACUUCAGACACGUCCUGACGUGCGGCAGGAAGUUACUCGGCCUGUGGCCUUCGACUCCGGGAAGCGGAAACGCUCGAACGAGCUCGCCAAACUUCAGCCAACCAGACAGCGUGAUCCUGCAGGUGGACUUUCCCACGUCCUCGUUUGAGGUUCGGUUCAGCACUCCUGCUCCUGCAGACUUCUGUCCUCAGUACGAUUUCUCCAGACUGGACACCAUCAGUCAGAUCCAGCUACAGGACGUCCUGCACAAGAAGGCCUUCUUCUGGUUGACGGCGGAGGACAAGCGUCUGCUGUGGGAGAAGAAGGCGUUCUGUCAGGCUGAGAGUGCAGCUCUUCCUCUGGUUCUGGCCAGCGCCCCCUGCUGGCAGUGGGCGUGUCUGCCUGACAUCUACGCCCUGCUGAGACAGUGGGCGUGCCUCGGUCACCUGGACGCACUAGGACUCCUCCACGCCUCGUUCCCUGACCAGGAGCUGAGGAGGACCGCGGUCCAGUGGAUGGACUCGAUCUCAGAUCCGGAGCUGCUGGACUUCCUGCCUCAGCUGGUCCAGGCUCUGAAGUACGAGUGUUACCUGGACAGCUCUCUGGUCCGUUUCCUGCUGCGGCGAGCCAUCGGAGACGUUCGCAUCGCUCACUACCUCUUCUGGCUGCUGAAGGAUAACCUGCAGGACAACCAGUUCAGCGCUCGCUAUCAGCACCUGCUGGCCGCUCUGCUGUGCUGCGUCGGCAGAGGUCUCCGGGAAGAGUUCGACCGCCAGUGCUGGCUCGUCUCCAUCCUCACCAAGGUGGCUCACAAAGUCCGAGAUGCCACUCCGUCCAGCAGACAGUCUGUCCUCAGGGAAGGUCUGGAGGAGAUGAAGCAGUUCUUCGCGGUCAACAGUCGCUGUAGACUUCCUCUGAACCCGGCGCUGCUUGUCUCAGGAAUCAACAUCCAGUCGUGUUCGUUCUUCAACUCAAACGCUGUCCCUCUCAAACUGUCCUUCCAAAACCUGGACUCUCUGGGUGACAACCUCAGCGUCAUCUUCAAGUCAGGAGACGACCUGCGGCAGGACAUGCUGACUCUGCAGGUGAUCAGGAUCAUGAACAAGAUAUGGAUCCAGGAGGGGCUGGACAUGAGGAUGGUCAUCUUCAAAUGUUUCUCUACGGGGAGAGGACGAGGUAUGGUGGAGAUGAUUCCUCACGCUGACACUCUAAGGAAGAUCCAGGUGGAGCACGGGGUCACCGGGUCGUUUAAAGACCGACCGCUGGCUGACUGGCUGCAGAAACACAACCCUUCAGACGAGCAGUACGACAAGGCUGUGGAGAACUUCAUCUACUCGUGUGCGGGCUGCUGUGUGGCCACCUACAUCCUGGGAAUCUGCGACCGCCACAACGACAACAUCAUGCUGAAGACCAGCGGUCACAUGUUCCACAUCGACUUUGGGAAGUUCCUGGGACAUGCACAGAUGUUUGGAAACAUCAAACGAGACCGCGCACCCUUUGUGUUUACCUCUGACAUGGCAUACGUCAUUAACGGAGGGGACAAACCAUCCAGCCGCUUCCAUGACUUUGUGGAUCUGUGCUGCGAGGCGUACAACCUGAUCAGGAAACACACACACCUGUUCCUCAACCUGCUGGGCCUGAUGCUGUCCUGUGGGAUCCCAGAGCUGUCUGAUCUGGAUGAUCUGAAGUAUGUUUACGAUGCCCUGAGACCUCAUGAGUCUGAGGCUGACGCCACCAUGUACUUCACCAGGUUGAUCGAGUCCAGCCUCGGAAGUGUGGCCACCAAACUCAACUUCUUCAUCCAUAAUCUGGCUCAGAUGAAGUUCGCCUCGUCUGAGGACCGUCCCACGCUGUCCUUCGCUCCCAGAGUCCACACGGCGAAGAGUGACGGCCUGAUCAGGAACCUCUACAUCUGCAGACACAUCCGCACCGCCAGCAAGGGCUACGCGUUUGUGGUAAAGGUGGAGCGUGAGGGUCUACAGGAGGUCCAGCUGGUUCAGAGGACGUUUGAAGAGUUUCAUGAACUUCACAGUAAACUCAGACUCAUCUUCCCCUCCUCUAAACUGCCCAGUUUCCCUAGCCGUUUUGUGAUUGGUCGGUCUCGUGGUGAGGCGACGGCGGACAAAAGGAAGGAUGAGCUGAACGGUUAUGUGUGGCAUCUGAUCCACGCCGCCCCGGAGGUCGCUCAGAGUGACCUGGUCUACUCCUUUUUCCACCCGCUGCCCCGAGACGAGAGACCGGGAACGACAGCGAGCAAACCAGCAGAGGUGACGUGGUCUCCAGCUUCAGGGAAAGAGCUCGGCGAGGUCAAACUGUCGAUCUCCUACAAGAAGGAUAAACUCUUCAUCAUGGUCAUGCACAUCCGAGGACUGCAGCCCCUACAGGACGGCACAGACCCAGACCCCUAUGUGAAGCUGUACCUCCUCCCAGACCCUCAGAAGACUAGCAAGAGGAAGACCAAGGCAGCACGGCGUACCUGUAACCCCACCUACAACGAGAUGCUGGUGUAUGAGCGGAUCCCUCGGGGGGACCUGGACCAGAGGGUGAUCCACCUUCGAGUUCUGGGUGACGGGGCGUUCUGGGAGAACACGCUGCUGGGAGAGACCUUCAUCCCCCUGAAGAGGCUGGUCCCCGGUCAGCACUGGGUGGACUGGCACAAGCUGGGGGCCCCCAGCUCAGACUCCACACACUGAGGGGCUGGGAACAGGAAGUGAUGUAGGAGGAGAGAGACAUUCUCCAUGUGAGGACUAAAGACAAGAGGAAAACCCUUUCAAAGUAAAAGCCUUGUGGCUGAUCCUCUCUCUGUGUUAGAGGGAGUUUAGGUUUAGAGCUUAACUCCACUGAUACCUUUUAGAUUCUCCCUGGAACACUGCCUGAACAUCUGAGCUUUGGUAUUAAUUUAUUGGAUUAAAAAUCACUAAUUUAUGAAGGUUUUAGUCAGAGAUGAAUGGGUUAGGUUUAUGGCAGGUUUAUGUUCACGAUGAGCUCCUUUAACAGACCAGCCCUUUAAAAGCUAUUGACUGUGUUUGCAGUUAGACUAACUUGCUGGUUAGCGAAUUUCAAACUCUGAUUCUGGUGUCAAAGGAAAAGCUUCCAGUUUGUUUUCAGAGCUAAAAGAAGAGCCAGGUACUCCAAACCUCCGUCUACUGCCUGGUUUGUCCAGUUUUAAAUCUUUUUGUUUAAAUCUUUAAAAUGUUUUGAUAAAAAAAACAGAUUUGAAUGUUAGAAUUAUGUGGAAAAUAAAGGCAGGAACAAAGUGAGGAAUAUUUUGACAGCCAAACUAGUUUUUAGUCUAAUUCAGAUCAAAUUUAACACUGAACCAGAAAUGGUUCCUCUUUCUAGCCGUUCUACUCCCACUGAUGUGGUCUGAGGUCAUUAAACAGCAGGGUUUCAUUUUCUGACUCUCACACUUGUUCACGUUCACAGACUGGAGCUACUGGAUGUCUGAUCUAAAUGAUUCACUGACUGCUCCUCGCUUUACUUCCUCACUAAAGAGAUUCUCCUGCUGUCUGCACAUUCCUCUGUUCCAGUUGUAAAUGUGAAGGAAGAAUCAUUUCUAUGACAGAAAGAAGGAAAACAGAUGAGGAGAUUCAGAAUGACAUAUGCAGAUCACGUUUAAAAUCUCAGCCUGGUGUGAUUCUUCUGCCAGUGCCACAAAAACCUCUGUUCUCCUGACCAAGCCCUGCAGCUGUUCCACCUCUGAGGCUGUUGUACUGCAGCCUUUCCACCUCUGAGGCUGUUAUACUGCAGCCUUUCCACCUCUGAGGCUGUUGUCCUGCAGCCGUUCCACCUCUGAGGCUGUUAUACUGCAGCCGUUCCACCUCUGAGGCUGUUAUACUGCAGCCGUUUCACCUCUGAGGCUGCUAUAAUGCAGCCAUUUCACCUCUGAGGCUGUUAUACUGCAGCCGUUCCACCUCUGAGGCUGUUGUACUGCAGCCUUUCCACCUCUGAGGUUGUUAUACUGCAGCCUUUCCACCUCUGAGGUUGUUAUACUGCAGCCGUUCCACCUCUGAGGCUGUUAUACUGCAGCCUUUCCACCUCUGAGUCUGUUAUACUGCAGCCUUUCCACCUCUGAGGCUGUUAUACUGCAGCCUUUCCACCUCUGAGGCUGUUAUACUGCAGCCUUUCCACCUCUGAGGCUGUUGUCCUGCAGCCUUUCCACCUCUGAGGUUGUUGUCCUGCAGCCUUUCCACCUCUGAGGCUGUUAUACUGCAGCCUUUCCACCUCUGAGGCUGUUGUCCUGCAGCCUUUCCACCUCUGAGGCUGUUAUUUUGGAGUCUGCAUUACGGUGCUGCAGAAGCACGAGCGAGCUCAGCCAGCAAACACAGCCGGGGCUUAUCAAACCGACAGUGUCACUUAGAGAUAUUGGACUAUUUCUGGUGUUUUAGCUCCAGAAUGAAUGUCAGAGAGGAGCAGCCUGUAUGCUGUUAGAUAAAGAGACCUGUUGUGCUUCCAUGACACCGUAACACCGUGUGAUUUCACCGACAGGAACACCAAGGAAUCAGAAGGAAUGUCUGAAUUUGUACCAGCAGAUCUGGUCUCUCCUGCCACUACCUCAGCACAGGCUGGGGGCGUCACUCUCCCCCUUUAACCCCUCCUUUCCACCUGUGUUUAUGGAGGCAGGUUUAGCAGAAGCAUAUGGUUUGAGCAGACUGCAGCAGGGGUUAAGCUGCAUGGUGCAACACAUGCUUCACUCACCUGGAACACACUAGAGGUGCUAGCAUGGAUCAUAGGGGCUGUCUACUGCCAGCAAAGACAAUGGAUCUUUCUGGGUGUGGUCAAACACCAGAAGGUCAGGAGUUGGAUAUGAGUCAUGUAAACAAGGUCAAACUCUGCAGCAACACCAGUGGUCACUGCCACUGGACACCAGGCUAAUGGGCCGUUAACAGCAGCAGCUAGGCUCCGCGGGGCGGCUGUGGUCCCAGCCAGCAUCGAUAUUUUCUGUCAGGUGGAGGGUUCCCCUCAGCUUCUAAUCAGCAGGUCAUUAGCAGCACUUUAGGAUUAUUUUUCAGGACUUGAGCCAAACAGCAGCGCUUUAACAGAGGCCUCUUCAGGCAGUGUAGGUUCAUCAAAAAGAGGGCAGAGCCUUCAUAAAGCAAAAACUGGUUCUUACAAAUGUUAGUGGACUUACAGUAAAGUCCAAAUAUUAGAACAGGAAGAGAGACAGCAGAGGGCCAGUUUAAAAAGUUAGACUUGACUGUAUUUACAUUUAUUAUAAAGCUGAGUUUAUUCUGAUCUCUAAGGGUCUGAUUAAAGUGUUUCAGUGUGAGGAGCUUUAAACUAGGCCUCUGCUGUUAUCAUCAAAGUUUAUUAACCCAGACCAGCAUCAUGGUGGUCCAAAAACAGGAAAUACCCAACCCUAGAAACCAUGUUGGACUGCUGCUGUUCUCUGAUGGAUCAACAGCAUUUUAAAGAUCUAACUCAUUUAAUACACAAGGUGUGACAUCAUUGAUCACAUGAUCGGCUCGUUUGUCCAGUUAGAUGGAAAGAGACUGAACACAGAUAACUUUUAUUUUUUUUAGCGAUUUGAACUCCCAGGCCUCUGGAUUCAGACCGUAAUAUCUGUUAAACUGUCCUGUUUUUGUAUUUUUAGCUUCCCUACAGACUCACUCUUAUUUACCACCGUCAUUUAGAUGGGCUGUUGUCUCCCAGCAUCAUUCAGGCACAGACCCAGACUGCUCUUUACAUCCAUACGUGGUAACGAGGGGCUAACUCCUCAUGCUGGAAGAGGAAAUGUCACACGAGCUGACCUCUCACACCUUGAACUGGCGGUCUGAACAACAGAGGUGUUAUUAAAUGAAUCUAUCAUUUCCAGAAAGAAAAGAAGGCAGAUCAUUUCAGCCAGUUAUUGUUUUUGAUAAUGGUCCUAACUUUUAAUGGUCUGGGGUUUCCUUUUUCCUAUCAGAGGAUUUUCCUGGACUGAAAAGCUGCAUUCAAAGACCUCCAGGAAGACUAUCUGCAGCGUUUGACUCCUGAAAAUCAAUCUGUGGUCACGUUGGGCUGUGAAACACAAACGAAGCGUGCCCUCGUUGGAGUUUUCAGUGUGUAGAAAGCGAUUUUUACUUUGUGAGCUGCAGUGUGUGUUUGUGUACAGAGCUUUAGCAUCGGUGUUGCUAACAGAAUUAGCUGAGGCGGAGCAUGUGUACAGACGGCUAGCAGACUGCAGGAUAUUUUUAUAGUGAGGGUGUGUGGAUUGGAUUUUCUAUCUGUGCAUGAGAGCUUCUUACAGUGCGACAGACCCCGCCUGCAGGGGGCGCUGCUGCUGCUGCUCACUCUGCCUUUCAGCUCGUCGUGCUCCCAUUUCUGUUCCUACAUUUCAUUCCUUGAUUUUUCUUUUCUAAUCCUCUUUGUGUGAUUUUUGUACUUUUUGAGAAAGAUUUUUAAACUGCCUCUGUGGGUUCCUGAUAAUCCAGGCUGCAGAGGGACUGAGGAUCUCCUGCAGGUUGUUUUUGCGCUGUAGACGAGACUAAGAGGGUGAAACUGCAGGAAACAAACUCCUCCUGUCUGAUCUGUUCAACGCUGGUUUCCAGGAUGUGAGACAAGGUUCAGAACCGCAGGAAGAACUUCAGAUGGACGUCUGAAGUCUGAGGGUUGUCCCCAUACUUGAAUAAAAACCUGAUUAUGAUAUUAAUCAGAGUCUAAAGUUCAAAGUUGCUCUCACUGAAAAUUCUCUAAAUUGCACAAAAACAGUGACAACAUUAGCUGUGGAUCUGCAGCCAUGCUCAUCCUUCCAUCCUCCAUGCUGACCGGAUGGAGGCAGCGUUGUUCAGUGACAGUUGGCGGCGUUUGAGCCCCCGAGGAGAGAAUGUAAGUUCAAACUGAACCUUAAUGUACUGUAAAUACUGAUGCUAAUGAAAAUGUGACUCUGACCCACCGCUCUGACUUACACGCUCUUAUUAAUGUGGAACUUUACUUUUCAAACAUGUUUUCUAUUAUUUGCACUACAAAAUAAACUUGAAUGGAAAAACAAA